AUGUUCCGAUUCCUUCUCGCAAGUGUUCUAGUCAGCUUAGCGGCCAGCCAAUGCGUCGACCAAGUCAACCCGUCAACUGGAAGGUCGGAAUGUGCGGCCCGAGCCAGUCUUUGCAACAACCCGACUUACUUCGCUCUGAUGACGCAACAAUGCCCGAGGACUUGCGGAAGAUGUUCUUCAGUGGUGACCUCGACCACUAGAAGGAUCACUACAGCCAGCAGCACUUGCGUCGACAAAGUCAACCCGUCAACUGGAAGGUCGGACUGCACCGCCAACGCCAAUCUUUGUAAUAAUCCCGUUUAUCUCUCUUUGAUGACUCAGCAGUGCCCCAGGACUUGUGGACGGUGCAGUGGCUGA